CACGUCAAUCUUACAAAGGCACCGAGUUAAAACUAUAACCAAAACAGAGAUUGUUACGUCACGCAUCACUUCAUUUACAUAAAGAAUACCGUCGUGCAGAGAUUUAGAUGUAUUGGCAUUAAGUUCUGUUCAGCUGAUCACAACAAACAAACUUGUUUGAAGAAUAAUUAAGCGUGAGCUUAAAAUCUUCAAGCUUGGUAAAUAAAUAAGUGAAAUAGUAGUAAUUGUGUAGUGAUUUUAUGAUAAUUAGUCAAAAUGCCGACUGUAUUUGAGUGGUUUGAGGGCCUCCCAGUAUUCACGAAGUACUGGGUGGCAUUGUCAACCAUAUUUUCACUAAUUGGGAGGUUUCGUUUGAUGAAUGUUAUCAACUUCUUUCUGAUAUACGAGCCCUUCAUCAAAGGUUUUCAAAUAUGGAGAGCAUUCACUUGUUUAUUCUAUUAUCCUCUAAAUUUUCAUUGGAUGAUGAAUAUGUACUUCCUCUACAACUACUCACUUAGACUAGAAAAAAAGGAAUAUGAUGGGAGACCAGCAGAUUAUUUUUACUUAUUAAUAUUUAAUUGGGCAUGCUGUAUUGUAGCAGCUAUAUUAUUAAAUUUCCCAUUGUUAAUGAAUGCUAUGAUAGUCAGUAUCAUCUACGUUUGGUGUCAGUUAAACAAAGAUGUUAUUGUACAAUUUUGGUUUGGUUUACGCUUCCAAGCGAUGUACUUGCCAUGGGUGUUACUUGCUGUUAACUUCAUUACAAAUCACGAUGCUACAGAAGAAUUAAUAGGAAUCUUAUGUGGUCAUUUGUACUUCUUUUUGAAAUUCAAGUAUCCACAAGAAUUUGGUGGUCCAAGUUUACUCAACACUCCAGCUAUUUUAGAAUAUUAUUUCCCUCCUACUAGUAAUGUUAGAGGAUUUGGCGCCGCUCCUUCACAAAAUACUGGAAAUAUACAUAGAGGACAUGUUUGGGGAGCUGGACGUGUUCUUGGAGAUUAAUUAAAAUGGUUCAAAUUAUAAUUAUGGAUUAUCUGAUUAUUAUGUUGAUUAUUUAUACUUGAGUCUACAUUAGAAAGAAAAAAAUUUUUUGUAUAAAAACUGACAUCUAUUAAUUUGCUUCUUGUAAAACGCACUUUAAAUAAUUUUGUAAUUUUUUCAUUACUAAUUGUUAAUAAUAAACAAGGUGUGUGCAAAAGGAACGUGUGAUGGAAAUGAAAAAAUGAAAAAAUUUGUGAGUCAUGUUGUUAAAAAUGAAUGUGAAAUAUUCUUUUUACUGAUUAGGUUUAAGAAAAACUGAUAAUAAAAAUUUACAAAUUAAAAGAGAA